GCCUUUAGUUGCAUAUAGGUUGUUUUAAUAAUCUGUAGCAGCUUUUUCUUUCUUUUUAUUUCUCUCUUUCUUUUAUUUAGUGGGUAAUUAUUGGAGAUUAUGUGAGAUAUUGUUACCUUUCCAUGAUUACAUUCAAAUGUUAAUGUUGGAUUUGAAUUGGGUUAGUCAUUGAUGCUAUCUCUGUGACUUUUGAACCAAAAGAAAAGUUCAUAAAAUUGGUUCCACAAAAAAGAGUAAUUUUUUAUCAACUCUAAUCUUUGUCUAGCUGGCCUGACCGUGUGGAUUUUCUCCUAUUUGUUAUGUUGAAUAUAAAUGAUAGUUAGAAACUUAGAAUGAUCAUAUGUGUGCAUUGUGCAUGAUGGUUAAGCACUUGAUGCAUAUAAUCUUUUACUAAUUCAUAAGUUUAUGGAAAGAGAAUGCAGUUAAUUAUGAUCAGAAUGGCUGAGAAAUCAUAGCUUCUCUGCUUGUUUCCACCAAGAGGCAGAUGGGUUCAUGUGGGUUAAUGAGUUGGGGUUAGAAUUACAAAUUGCGACAUAAAUGAAGAUUUAGCACUUAAAAAAAGUUGCCAACUUUUAAAAAGCACCAAUGUGCCCCACUUUUGUUUUUGGCUACACAGACAGGGAGGCCCAUUCUUUUGAUUUCUUUAAGUUUGCUUCUUCAGACAAGGUAUAGUAUCCAUUAAGCUAGGCAUCAGGAUCAUCAACAUCAAACCAUAAAAAAGAAAAGUUGUGCCAAUGGGAUUUUCAUAUAACUUUGUCUUUACAUUUUCUAUGAGAUAUUAUAAAGCUGGGUGAGCUGCUUCCUUUAAGUAAUGCAUUGAGAAGUGUUGGUGUCUUGUUUUUUCGUAGCAGCAAAGCUAUGGAAUCGGAGACUAAGAUUAUGGUUGCUGCUAAUGCUAUAUGUAUGAACCAAAACCAAUGGCUUUAGUGCUUCUAAGACCAGCUUGAGGCGUCAAUAUAUAUGUGCAAAGAAAAUCUUAUAGAAGAAUCAAAAUGUUACCAACAUCUGAAUUAGGUAGAAGCCUGCAUUUGAUCACUCUCACCAAUUAAUUCUUACAGCAUCCAUAGCAAAUAUCCCAACCCCCUUUUGCCCCCGAAAUUAGCUUUAAAGUGGGGAGAAAGCGAAACCCUAGUGAGUGGGACUAUGAACGAGAUUGGUUCUGCAAGAGCAAAACCAUGGAACAUAUAUACAAGUUCAGACUCAAGCCCAUCUCAAGCGGGAAUUGAUCGGCAAGUGCAAUGGAAAAGCUCUGGGACAUCCAUGAAUGCCAUUUCUUUUGGAUUUGUUGCCACAGCUAUCUUGAUAUCUAUGUUUCUUAUCAUGGCCAUCUUUGAACAUUUGUUCAAGCCAAGUCCUUCCUUUUCCACACCUGAAAGCGCAACUCAUGGUUCUCUAGAGUCUGGCACUUUUAAGAAGCAUGGAAUUCCACAAACUGUUUCGACAUCUUAUGCGCCUGAUUUCUCAGUGUUGAUGCCAGGACAGCAGUAUCCUACCUACCUUGCCCAGCCUGCUCCUCUCCCCUCCUGCUCUAGGGAAGGGAUUUGUUGGCCUUCCCAUGAACAUAAAUUGGUACUUCCUUAGGAUAUACAUACUUCCAUUGCGGCAUUAUAAUUACCGGGGCUGUUUGUAUAUCUACAAAAUGGUCAUAUUUCUUCAGUUCCAUACUAAAAUUUUCUA